AGGGCCGAACCACAUAAUUCACAGCAACAACAGAAAAUCCACGAACUGACGAACCGAGCCGUGACCAAGAAGAAAAACCCUCCGUACGACAAACGCCGCGGCGCCGCCCACCGAGACACGGCCGAUGGUCACCCCGCCGUCGCCCCGGCGGUCUGCCGCAGGCGCUGGCGCCGCUGCGGGGGCCCCGCGCGUGCUGCUUGCCCUGGUUGUGCUCUACGGCUUCAUGUCCUUCCUAGUCUACCGCGUCAUCCACAUGCGCCACGUCGCCCCGCUGGACAGCGACGCGUCGCCAGACGAAUUCUCCGAGGGACGCGUGCUGCAGCACCUCCGCCGCCUCGUCGUUGAUAUCCCUGGCCGCCAGGAGGGGAGACCGGGGUUGGAGACCGCCGCGCAGUACAUCAAGGGGCAGCUCGAGGGGCUUGCUGCGCAUGCUGGGCCGGAGUACAGGAUAGAUGUUGAAGAAACAAUUGUCAGUGGCUCUUUCAGCAUGAUGUUUUUGCGCCACAGAGUAACUCUAGGCUACAGAAAUCAUAAAAAUAUUGUUAUGAGGAUUUCAUCAAAUGUUUCAGAAGAGGAUGAACCAUCCCUUUUGGUGAAUGGACAUUUCGACAGUCCACUUGGAUCACCUGGUGCAGCAGACUGUGGUUCCUGUGUUGCAUCUAUGCUUGAACUAUCACGACUUAUGCUUGAGUCUGGGUGGGUCCCUCCUCGGCCAGUCAUUUUCCUUUUCAAUGGUGCUGAGGAACUUUUUCUUCUGGGUUCGCAUGGUUUUAUGAAGACACAUAAAUGGAGCAGCACAAUUGGUGCUUUCAUUAAUAUCGAAGCUUCUGGAAGUGGUGGUGCUGAUUUAGUUUGUCAGUCUGGACCGGGAUCUUGGCCUUCUCGUAUUUAUGCUCAGACUGCAAAGUAUCCAAUGGCAAAUAGUGUUGCUCAGGAUAUGUUUGGAAUAAUUCCAGGUGAUACAGAUUAUAGGAUAUUUGCUGAAGACGUAGCAAAAAUCCCAGGACUUGAUAUUAUCUUUGUUCUUGGUGGUUAUUUUUAUCAUACUUCUUAUGAUACACUGGAAAACCUGCUUCCUGGAAGUAUUCAAGCGCGCGGUGAAAAUUUAUUCAACCUCGUAAAGGCUUUCACAAAUUCUCCGAUGCUGCUAAAAGAGAGCGAGAGAUCCAAUAAAGCUGUUAAUGAGGGAAUCGACGAUCUGAGAGCUAUCUUCUUUGAUUACUUGACUUGGUUCAUGAUCUUUUAUCCACGUGAUGUGUCUCUGAUUAUUCACAGUCUUCCUGUAGCUAUUUUCCUUCUUACACCAUUGUUCCUGAGCUUCCCAAAUAUUACCAUGAUAUCAUUGUUUCAGACUGUUCUGGAUUUAGCAAGAGGAAUGUUGCUUCAUGCAUUUGGUGUCAUCCUUGCAAUAGUCGUUCCUGCUAUGACUGCAGGCCUUAGAUUGUUGUUCACAAAGAAUGCAAUGAAUUGGUUUGCUCACCCUUGUUUGGCAUUUUUUAUGUUUGUCCCGGCAUCAUUGGUCGGUUUAUUGCUGCCGAGGAUCAUAUGGGGGCUAUCAGAGCAAUCACACUUUUGGGGUGCUUUUGGUCUCUAUUCUCUAGUAACUCUGGCUUACAUGCUAGCUGGGCUGAGUGGAGGUUUUCUAACAUUUUUUAUUUCCAUGUCCCUUCUUCUUGGGCGAUUUAUCUCUGGCAUCAGCAGGAAGCAGUUGGGCCAACAAUCACCUAAGUCAUUGUUUGGAUAUGUGAUACCAAUGAUCCCGUGUCUCCUGUAUUGUCUUUACUAUGGAGGGUUCCUUAUCCAGUUUUUGAUUGAAAAGAUGGGAAUGAUGGGAUCUCUUCCAAAACCAUAUGGACAUUUUGUUCCUGAUAUUAUUGUUGGAGCCAUGGUUGGAUUGGUAGUGGGUUGGUGUUUUGGUCCAUUAGCACCUAUUGUUAGCUGUUGGUUGGCCAAAGCAUCCAUUCUGCAUGGCUUUUUGCAAAUUACAGUGGUUGCUAUGGCUGUUUCAUCCCAAGUAUUUCCUUACAGCACCGGAGCACCAAAACGAGUUGUGCUUCAACACACCUUUGUCACAGAUGCUAGUAACAUUGUGGAGUCAAACUAUGGUUUCUCUGUGGUUGAUGCUAAUUCGUUGGAGUUUGUUUUCAACAACGCACCUGAGGCAGCAAAAUGGCUAAAAGAUAACUCAGAGUUAUCCUUAAAAGAAAAAUAUCGAUCUGAUAGAAGCACGUGGGUGGCAUUAUAUCCUGUCCCUUUCUUGUUCUCUGGAAGUUUGAAGUUUCCUGCACAGACUGAAGAGAUUAGAAAGCACCACCAGCAUUUUCCCCAGCUAGUUGUUCAGAAGACAUCAAGUAACAAUUGGAACCGACGGAUGCAUCUACAGCUCUCACUUGGUUCAUUAUCAGAGGUUUGGACCACUUCGCUCAAUAUUACUGGUCCAUUAUCGAAUUGGUCUUUUGCUGACAACACACUUCCAGCUCCUCAAACUGUAAGCGGUGGACCACCAUCAUAUAUCUGUCGACUUACUGGACAAAGUAAUGAGAAUUGGUCUUUCUGGUUAGAGGCAAACUCUUCCGAACCACUGAGAAUCGAUGUGGCUGUACUAGACCAGUUUCUUGUUGAUAGCACGAAAGAACUGAAGAGCCUCUUUCCAAGUUGGGCAGAUAUGACAGUCUUCACCACAUUUUUCUCAACUUACUAUUUGUAAACUCUAUAUAAUUGUUAAUCUGUGUAUUUAGGAGGGGGGAAUUAAAUAGGUAUGCUAUGUUUCGGGGGCAGGGUGUAUUCUUCUCCCCAGUAGGUGGUGCUGGUCUUGAUGUCACCUUAUUUGUAAUAUCGUCAUAACAAUAAUUUAAUAUAUAGCGGUUUCAAAAAGGAAAAACCUGAAACAAAAAUAAACUGGUAUAGCGGCCCCAAAUAUUCACCGUGUAACACGUACUCCAUUCAUUUUAUAAGGUGGAAACAAUUUUUAGAGUCAACUUUGACCAUCAAUUUGAUCAAUGAAAUGUGGGUUAUAUGUGUUACAUUACAUCAUUAAA